CUCGCCGCGUGUACUUUUUAAAACAGCUUCUACAUUCGAUCAGGUGCUCGGUAACUUCCACAAAGUAGCUGUAUAGUAUUACACCAUCGAUACAAUUCUCUCAGCAUUCUACAGAGGCGCAAAGACGUGGAAUCCUUUGAACUAGCCAGUCUCGGUCCAGGUGGAACAGGCAAUCGUUAUAAAGAUACGAACAUUCCCAAGUUGGCCGUGACCGUGCUGUGAACGUGUACCAAGCAUGACCGAGACAACCGUGAGUGUUCCAGCGUACGUGCAGGAAGCGCUGCUGAUCGUAGCGCAGGAACAAGGCUUUGUCCGCGAUCAUUUCUCCACCGAGUACGAGCUGGGAUCUAAAUCGGGCGAUGGCUACAUCGGACUUAUCGUGCGAGCUCGUUUUGUAAGCGCCGGACGACCUUCGCUGUCGGUAAUUUGCAAAUUUCCACCCGAGGAUCCUCAGCAACGAAAGCGCUUCAAUGCGAUGCUUCUGUUCGAGCGUGAAACAUUCAUCUACCAGCGUAUAUUGCCGGCAUUUGAGGAAAUUCAGCUGCAGCACGGUGUUACCCGGCGCGACGAGACAUACUUUGGCAGCUAUCCGAAAUGUUUCCAUGCGUAUUGUGACGCCGAGCGUGGUGAAGCGGUGCUAAUAUUGGAGGAUCUGGUGGCCCCACAGCGUCCACCCAUGAAACUACUGGAUCAGUACAUCCCGGUAGAUUACGAGCAUGUGCGCGUGUUGAUGAUAGCGUUGGGAAAAUUGAAUGCCUGCUCGUUUGCUUUGAAACAUCAUCGACCGGAGCUGUUCGAUGAAAUUCGACAGUUGAGUGAUGUGCUUUCCAUCGUACUCGACACAGAGCAAACGAAACCUUUAACACCUCGCAACUGUCAACUGGCGGCAUCGGCAUUCGACCCACAAAAGGAACCGACCCGUCACCGUGAGCUGCUCGAUCUGGCUCAGUCUAUGUGGCCGAGAACGGGCGCACAUAUUCGAGGCGAGCGUGCAGAACCAUACGCAGCGCUAAACCAUGGAGAUUGUUGGACGAAUAACGUUAUGUUCGGUUACGACGCCGAUGGCCGCGUGAACGAUGUUUGCCUGUUCGAUUGGCAGAUGGCUCGGUACGGAUCACCCGCCCUGGAUUACACGCUGUUCAUUUUUCUGUGCGGGGAGCUCGAACUACGCAGAGAAAAGCUCGACAGUUUGGUGGCUGAAUUUUACAAUGCUUUCUCCACCAGCCUGGCACAGCUAGGUGGUGAUCCGGAAAAAGCGAUGCCACGAGUGGAGUUGGAAAAACAAUUCGUACAAUUUGGACGUCUGGCUCUCGCGAUGGGAACCUACGCGCUGCCCAACUUUGCCCAGCUGCCGGCGGAAAUUUGUGAAAACCCGGCCGUGUAUCAGACGGACAAACGAUUGCAACACUACUACACAGUGAUGCGGGAACUUGUAAAAGAUGUAGAUCAAUUUGAGAAAAUAAAUUAAAUGAGCUUGCCACUUAC